AUCCAGGAGGUUGGAUUGUCACUCAGACUCGAAUAGCUUGGGACGCAGGAAAGAUGCCCGCCUCGCAAACUGGAUUUGGAAACUUCUUCUUGGAGAGAAACAUGAGCAUGCCUGCUGGAUAUCAGAUCCCGAUGCUGGGCUGCCCGCCGGGUGUUCAGCAGCAGCAGCAGCUGGCAGCGAUGGCAGCUGGGGUUCCCUUAACUUACUCAGGACUACAAGGAUACAACUUUAUCCCCUAUCCACAGCACAGGCACAUCGCACACAUGAAUAACGGUUUCGACCUGAAGGCCGCCUCUUCCUACCACCACGCUCUCUUGGCACGCGGUGGCGCCUUCUAUGCACCAUACCGCCCGGGAGCAGGAGCAGAGGACCCCGGCAGGGUCGCCAAAGUGGCCACUCGGGAGAGCACCGGAGCGCUGAAGGCCUGGCUAAACGAGCACCUGAAAAACCCUUACCCCACCAAAGGCGAGAAAAUCAUGCUCGCCAUCAUCACCAAAAUGAGCCUGACGCAGGUCUCCACCUGGUUCGCCAACGCGAGGCGACGUCUGAAGAAGGAGAACAGGGUGAGCUGGGCGUCCAAGGGGAAGUCGGACGAAGAAGAAGAGGAGGAGGAUGAUGAGGAGCAUGAAGGAGAGAGUGAGGAUGAGGAUGGCUCGCUGCAGAAAUGUCACCUGGAUGAGAGGGUUGGAGAGGAGGCUCACAGUGAGCGAGCAGAUACGCACGAGCAGGAGGAGAGCUCAGCACCUGUGGAGGCGCGUUUGGAGAUGCAGCAGCAGUCAGACAGCGAGCACGAGGACAGGGAACUUGCACUUGUCAAUGUCGAUAAAGUUGAAAGCUCUGAUCACACGCCUUCCACUUUGGAGAGUAAAGACAACAGUGUGAGCCAGAAACCCAAAAUCUGGUCUUUGGCAGAGACCGCCACCUCAGAGACUGUGAAGAGACCCGUGGACAGUAUUUACCACCCGGCUGGGAAACUGUGGGCAGAGUGGGCCUCCAGAAACGGCCUGUUUGUUCCCACGUGUUACACCACUCAAGAAAUAGUCUGAGCGCGCGCGCGCGUGUGUGUGUGUGGACACAAAUCAAGAGACUUCUUCACAUCUUUUUUGCACUUUAAAAACCUCCAAACCUCAGGGGACUUUACCUUCCUGAAGUUUGCAGUGAAUUGUAUUGGGACCAAAGACUGAUCGUGUUACUGUAAAUAUCUGUAGAUGUAUUUUUCCAUCGCCAAUUUGUAAAUUAAUGUUCCCUUUGUCUAAUCGUGAAGAAAUAUUUUUGCUUAAAUAAAAAUUCAGCUUCGAGCAGGAAAUUUGAA